AUGUUUGGUAGUAUACUUCCCUCUCCCGUCAACAAGAAACCAAAACGUUGGAUACAUACAAUAGCGCAACGACUUCAAUUCACUCCAACUUCGAAUGAACAGCAAUACAACACAUUGACACAUCACUUCCAUGAUGCCACCAUCGUUGACGAUCUGGGCGCUUUCUACCCCGAGAUAUUCAACCCAGUUACGGCUGAUCGAGUUUCACCCGCAUCAUGCUUCACUUGUCACCCCACUCAGACAACGGCGGCCCAAAAGUGUCUUCAAUGUAAGAUGUUCUUGAAUGAUAGUCAAAACAGACUGGUCCUAGUUCUUCAACACCUCGCAUACUACAAGGAGAAACUGGACACCCUUGGACCAGUUGCUCAAAUCGAACUUGAGAGGCGAAUUGAUUGGCUUAAUGCUCGGGAGAAGGGAAUUAGACUAGGAGCUAAUCAGAUCAUCAACCGGCACAAUGAUAUUAGAGGUCAGUGGGCCCGAGAGCAGGUGGUAGAGUCUCCUUGGGGCGCAGAACCUCAAAUUACGCCAGAACCGCAACCAUAUGCAUCGCCGUAUGCAACUCUACCACCUGUCAAACCGAGCUAUCCCGAGCCUACUCUGCAGUCAUCUCAGGCCUGGAGACCUUAUGGCCCAUAA